AGGCAUUAGAUCCGCCUCUCUCAUUGAUGAAAUUUAAAUUCUUGUGCGUUUACCUUUAACCAGUUUGUCCAAGACUAAGAGCCAGAUAUUCCCGGGGACAAGUGUAGGAAGGAGCUGGGAGGAACCGAGCGGAGGAAAAAUCUCCCCCAGUUCCUUCAUUAUUUUUCUUUUUGCGUGUGUGGGCGGCUUCUCUGGUGGGAUUUUUCUUCCCCCAAGGGAGUGAUUAAAUACCCUUUAAAAUUAUUGAUACUAUAUAACUGGUUGACUAAACCAGACAGGGAAACGUCUUCUACUACACAAGGUGGCGACAAGGGGAAAAUUGCCUCUUCUGGCGUUUAUAGUGUAGUUUUGGUACAUUCUCUAUUUAUAAAAGGAAAAUAUUUAUUUUAUUAAAGAACGGGAAAAUGUCACUUGCACAAGAUUAUAGAAAAGCAAUGUCUCAAGCUGGCACGUCCCAGUUUCAAGAAGUCAUUCGACAAGAACUGGAAUAUUUAAUGAAAGUUGAACUUGAGAAAAUACUUGCAACUGCACCUCAGAAUGAGCUAGAGCACACUAAAAAAGACCUUGAAGGGUUUAAGAAGCUAUUCCACAGAUUCUUGCAAGAAAAGGGACCUUCUGUUAACUGGGAAAAAAUUCAGAGACCUCCAGAAGACUCUAUUCAGCCCUAUGAGAAGAUAAGGGCCAGGGGGUUGCCUGUUAACAUCACCUCAGUCUUGAACAAACUGGUUGUAGUGAAACUAAAUGGUGGCUUGGGCACUAGCAUGGGUUGUAAAGGCCCAAAAAGUCUUAUCGGCGUGCGGAAUGAAAACACCUUCUUGGACCUGACAGUUCAGCAGAUUGAGCAUCUAAACAAAACCUACAACACAGAUGUUCCUCUUGUUCUAAUGAACUCCUUUAACACUGAUGAGGACACAAAGAAAAUCUUGCAGAAGUACAGCCACAGUCGUGUGAAAAUAUAUACUUUUAAUCAAAGCAGGUAUCCUAGAAUUAAUAAAGAGUCUCUACUGCCAAUAGCCAAGGACGUAUCUUAUUCAGGAGAGAAUACUGAGGCGUGGUAUCCCCCAGGUCACGGCGAUAUCUACUCCAGUUUCUAUAACUCUGGUCUGCUUGACACACUUAUAGGAGAGGGGAAAGAGUACAUUUUUGUGUCCAAUAUAGAUAACUUGGGAGCAACCGUGGAUCUUUACAUUCUUAACCAUCUUAUGAAUCCACCAAAUGGAAAAUGUUGUGAAUUUGUCAUGGAGGUCACAAAUAAAACCCGGGCAGAUGUUAAGGGUGGUACACUCACGCAAUAUGAUAACAAACUGAGACUGGUAGAAAUAGCUCAGGUUCCAAAAGCACAUGUUGAUGAAUUCAAGUCUGUGUCAAAAUUCAAAAUAUUCAAUACAAACAACUUGUGGAUUUCUUUGCCUGCCAUUAAACGACUGCAAGAGCAAAACGCUAUUGAUAUGGAGAUCAUCGUUAAUCCAAAGACUUUGGAUGGAGGUUUAAAUGUUAUUCAGCUGGAGACUGCAGUUGGUGCUGCUGUUAAAAGUUUUGAGAAUUCUUUGGGGAUAAAUGUACCUCGUAGUCGUUUUCUGCCUGUCAAGACCACAUCAGAUCUCCUGCUUGUGAUGUCCAACUUGUAUAGCCUUAAUGCUGGAUCCUUAACUAUGAGUGAGAAACGUGAAUUUCCAACUGUACCUCUGGUCAAACUGGGAAGCUCUUUCACCAAGGUUCAAGAUUACCUGAGUAGGUUUGAAAGUAUACCAGAUAUGCUUGAACUGGAUCAUCUCACGGUUUCGGGUGAUGUUACAUUUGGCAAGAACGUUGCAUUAAAGGGAACAGUUAUCAUCAUUGCAAAUCACGGUGACCGGAUUGACAUCCCGCCUGGAGCAGUAUUAGAGAACAAAAUUGUAUCUGGCAAUCUUAGGAUCCUGGACCACUGAGUCAAUGUUCAGUUUGUAGAUCCUGUUAAAACAACCUUAUGAUGGAAGAACUUGUAGACCUUAAAAUAAGUGGCACACAAGGCCUAUGUUUUGUCAUCUACUCCCUGUACCCUGCAGUAUUAAUUGUAAAUAGCUUUCUGUGCUUCUUUUUAACUGAACACAGUGCAAAUGCUUUCGUCUUUUCGAGGAGUCUGUAACUCAGUUAAUAUAACCUUAAAGUGCAAUACUGUUGG